CCACCAGAAACGUAUCGAUUGGACCACUUAGCUUACAACUCUCAAUCCUUUUUACGGUUCGAUCAUCGGUUCAAAAAAGUACGCUUCAAGCCCCACGGGGAAGCUACGCCUAAUCAAAUUUCGAUCCACAUGCUUUGUAAUAUUGUAUAUAAAUUGACCAUCCCCGAAUUGAUUGGUAUACGGAAGCAACAAUUCUGAAACAACGAACGAGGCCCUCCACCGCGAUAAAGUAUUACAGUUCUGGUAGAAAACUAUUACACGAACCCGACCAACUCAGUCGCCUAUCGGAUUCCCCCUGAAAUCUUGGGUCGCUGUCUGGGAUUAUCCCAUUUCAAUUCUUCGUCGCAUGAUCGUGAGUGCUCUAUGGAAUCGACCUGCCUUAUUAGUCUUUUGGUGUCUUCUUGGUUUUCAAACUUAACUGUGUGUGUGUGUGUGUUUUUUUUUUUUUUUGCUUAGGGUUUGUUUUCGAAAUCAAGAAUCUUGUUAUUUGAAUAUGUAUCUGUCUUGUGAAAAUCUUGGAAUGGAGCUACGAAGUCAAUAAUACUGUUUUCCUUUUCUUUUGGCUAAAUUAAUCCCAAUUCCCAACACCCUGACGAAACAAUGAUUUUAGUUAAUUUCAAUUUCCCUGCGUUUUCCUCCGAAGAACGCGUUCAUAUCGCAUUUGAUUCCCAUUGACGUCCACUGUUCCUUUCGGGCACUAAUUUUCAAGGAAGCAGCCACCAAUUGUUUCCCUAGUUUCUGGCCGUGGUUACAUAAUUUCUUUUGGCUAGGAUCAUUUUAUGACAAAUUAAAGGAGUUGGGAUCAGGAUUUGAGCGUAACCAAGUCAAGUUGUGAUCUUUCGACCUGUCAUUGGCGAAUGUUAAUGAUAUUCGCACCACAAGUCUCUGUCCACCUUGCCCUGAGCCUCUGAGCACCCACGCCAGUGGAGUUUCUCCUUUUAUCUUGUUAAUUACAGCAAAUUACAUGUGAUCAAAUACGUCUCCUUGCAUAUGUUAAAGACAACCCGUUGUGGCACAAAAGUUGAAAUUUAUGCUAUCCGUUACCAUGACUACUCAACUACAAAUGUAAAGCUGAAAAAGCUUUGCAGUGGAAGAGGUUGCAGAAAUAAUUUCUCUCUCUUUCCUUAUGUGACCCGGGGGUAAUGGGUAGGAUUUUCAUGCGUGUGCUUGAAGUGAAGGUCUUAUCAUUGUUGGCCUUGAAUAUGGAAGAUGCCUCCAUUUGCCAUGAACAAGUGCCAGAUGGUGAUUGCAUUGAGAAUCAGAAAGAAGGUGGUGCAAUAACUGAAUUAGAUGGUCAAAAUGGGUUUUCUGAAGGAAGAAAGGAAUUUGUUGCACCUGCUGUUGGGAUGGAGUUUGAGUCCUACGAUGAUGCGUACAAUUAUUAUAUCUGCUAUGCCAAGGAGGUGGGAUUUCGUGUAAGGGUGAAGAAUUCAUGGUUCAAGCGAAAUAGCAGAGAAAAGUAUGGUGCAGUGCUGUGCUGUAGCAGUCAGGGUUUUAAAAGAAUGAAAGAUGUUAACCAUUUAAGAAAGGAAACAAGAACUGGUUGCCCUGCAAUGAUAAGGAUGAGGUUAGUGGACUCUCAGAGAUGGAGGGUACUUGAGGUUACACUUGAACAUAACCACCUUUUAGGUGCUAAGUUAUACAGAUCAAUUAAGAAGAUGGGAGUUGGAGCCAAACAGAAGCAACUACCUGGUUCUGAUGACGAAGUUCGAACAAUCAAGUUAUACCGGGCACUUGUGAUAGAUGCAGCAGGUGAUGUUAAUGCAAACUCCAGUACUAUAGAAUUCAGGACUUCUUCAGAAUCUUCCAGUAAGUUGAACCUUAAAAAAGGUGACACACAGGCCAUUUAUAACUACUUUUGUCGCAUGCAACUGACCAAUCCAAAUUUCUUUUACUUGAUGGAUUUUAAUGAUGAAGGACUGUUGAGAAAUGUAUUUUGGGCUGAUGCAAGGUCUAGGGCUGCGUGUGGCUAUUUUGGUGAUGUUAUUUAUUUGGACAACUCAUAUUUGUCAAACAAAUAUGAAAUCCCUCUUGUGGCAUUUGUUGGAAUUAAUCACCAUGGUCAAUCAGUGUUAUUGGGCUGUGGUCUACUCGCUGGUGAAACAUUAGAAUCAUAUAUAUGGUUAUUCAGAACAUGGGUGACAUGCAUGUCAGGAUCUCCUCCCCAAACUAUUAUCACUGAUAGGUGCAAGGCCUUGCAGAAUGCGAUUGCAGAAGUUUUUCCAAGAACUUGUCAUUGUUUUGGCUUGUCACUAAUCAUGAAAAGAGUACCAGAGAAGCUUGGAGGGUUACGUAAUUAUGAUGCAAUUAGGAAAGCACUGAGUAAAGCUGUUUAUGAGACGUUGAAAGUAAUUGAGUUUGAAGCAGCGUGGGGAUUUAUGAUCCAGCGAUUUGGAGUUUGUGAUCAUGAGUGGCUUCGUUCUAUCUAUGAAGACAGAGUUCAUUGGGCUCCAGUAUUCUUGAAGGACAAAUUUUUUGCUGGAAUGUCUGCAGCAAGUCCUGGUGAGACCUUGAGUCCUUUUUUUGAGAAAUAUGUGCACAAACAGACUCCUUUGAAGGAGUUUCUUGACAAGUAUGAAUUAGCUCUUCAUAAGAAGCACAAGGAAGAAUCCGCUGCCGACAUGGACUCGAGAGGCUCUACUCCCUUGCUGAAAACAAGAUGUUCUUUUGAAUUUCAGUUAUCUAGAAUGUUCACACGAGAAAUAUUCAUGAAGUUCCAAUAUGAAGUUGAAGAAAUGUAUUCUUGUUUCAGUACCACACAGUUACACGUGGAUGGCGCAAUUAUAAUUUUCUUAGUCAAGGAUCGUGUUUUAAGUGAAGGAAAUAGAAGGGAGAUCAAGGAUUUUGAAGUCUUGUACAACAGGACUGCCGGUGAAGUUCGCUGCAUCUGUAGCUGCUUUAACUUCAACGGGUAUUUAUGUAGGCAUGCACUGUGCGUGCUCAAUUUUAAUGGGGUGGAGGAGAUACCUUCCAGAUACAUUCUUUCCAGAUGGAAAAAAGAUUACAAGCGCCUACAUGUUCCUGAUCAUAGCUCUGGUAUUGUCGAUGAGACCGAUCGUAUUCAAUGGUUUAGUCAGUUAUUUAGAAGCUCCUUGCAAGUUGUGGAAGAAGGGGCAAUUUCUCUAGACCACUAUAAUGUAGCCUUGCAUGCUUUUCAGGAUUCUUUGAAUAGGAUACAUGAUGUAGAACAGAGACACGAGUAAACUUCAAUGUGUAACUGUAACAUACUAGAUAGAUAAAUGAAUCAUGUUUAUGCCCGGUACUUCUGUAUAUUUCUGUGCCUGCUUUUUGCCGAGCGCUAUUUAGAUUAUUUGUAGAAUGUCCAUAAGUGUAUAUAUUAAGAGAUUGUUUUGACCCUUGUAUUUGUAUCUUAUCUGAUUACAUUCUUCUGUCA